UCUUCUCCUGCUCUCUCUUCGCUUGCUCAGUUGAAUUGGAACACUCUGUACCAUCGUUUGGUCCUCCUAAUCCACAACCAGAGAUUUCUGAUGACUUAAACAUGUCGAGAAAGAUUCUUACAUGAACAUUUUUCAGUUUAAACAUCUUGCAUACUAUCUUUUUAGUUUAAAAUAUUUUGCUUUAAUUUAUAGGUAAAUGAAAGUUAGUGAGGAAAAACAUGGAAUCCGAGAAGAUGACUGCGUUAUUCUGGGAUCUGGAUUACUCUGUGUCUACAAUUCCUCCACAGGCUCCACCUCUACAUUUGACCAGUUCUGAAUUCAGUUCUGUUGAUCAUAGCUCUCACAUGCAAAAUAGCCACAACAGCUUGGAUUGGACUUCAAAAGGAGAGUGGCAUAUGGUAACAGCCACUCGCUCAUUGCUUGGCAGGGAGAGAAGAGGCCAGAGGGCGAGCCUGCAGGACCAAAAGACGGUGUCCUAUAACAGCUUGCCAAGAGCACAUUUUCUACAGCCAAAUAGAGAAUCAAGUGCAUUUUCACCCUACACUAAUGACUUUUGGUUGAAUGGUAGAGAUGCCAAGAACAUUGCUGAGUCUCCCAGGAAUGGUCCUGAAAUAUAUCAUCUGACACGGGCAGGCUUCUACAGUCCACAGAUCUCAAGAUCCAAGCAUUUUGAAACUGGCCAGUUUGCAAAAAGAGUUUCAAAAGGAUUGUCUUCUACAAACAACAUUAAGGAGUUCUAUGCUCACACAUUACCUUGUCCGUGCUCCAAGACAGCUGUUCUCAAACUCAGCCCCUUGUGCUGCAAGCCUCAAGAGGUUAAAACUUCUGUGGUGGAAAAGCCUCUUUUGAUGAGGGCUGUGAUUUCUCGAACUACACCAAACUCAAGUCAGCUCAGCAAGAAAGAUCUCAGCUUGCUCCAGCCAAGAGAGGAUCACGACAACAAGAACCAGGACCAGAAUUGUUCCAAUUUGCAGGAGCCCAAUAUAAAACCUGUGCAGACUCCUGGUCAGCAGUCAUUCAGCCUACAUCAUUCUGCUCAAAGCCAGAAUUUGUUCAGUGGGGAUAUUUCUACCAAGGAUCAACUUACUAUUAACACGCAUCUAUUCCCUAAACUCCAGUCUAGACCAAACCAGUCUGCAACACUCAGUCCAAGUUUGCUAAAGGCAAGUCAAGAGAAAUUUAGCCUGAAUGAUGACAUUACAUCCUCUCAGGGUGAUCCUGACCAGCUCUGUGAACAUCAUGCCUCUCCGUCUCAACCUUAUUCCAUCAAUAAACAAAAGAAGAAACAACAAUCAGAAUAUCGAGAUCCUGGUGAUGUCAGAAACAAAAACCAUUUAAAAAGUGAGAUGGACGUGACCUCAAAGAACGUGUUUGGCCAGCCACGAGUAAUUGCAUCACUGCGAGCUCCAUGUUCCCCACGGCCUGUUCGGAAGAGCACAGUGGUAGAGGAACUGAAAAAACUCAUUGUGAUGGAUGACACAGAGGACAAUGCUCAGGGUGACUCAUCAUGUUCCCAACAAACAGAGGUGGGGCUUUGCAGCAGUUCACGAACACCAGGUUCAUGCACAAGUUUUUUGUUAUCCAGUCCUGCUCACCAGUCAUAUCCAGAGUCCCCAACACUCACACCAAUCCAUCUCUCUCUGCAAACAAGUCCCACAGAAUGCUGGGCAAUGCCUGAGCAGACUGAAUCUGAUCUAUGGGACAGAGACCAUCAGUCUGAUUCUGAACUUCUGCCUCUUCCAAGCACGGCCUGUGAUCUUGAUUGGAAUAGUCUUGUUCAGGCAGCCCAAGCCUAUGAGACACAAAGAAUGGCAAUUCAUCUGUCGGAAAUCAAUCCUAUACCAAGCAGGUCAGACACGCCAUCCCAUGGGACUUACAAGAUCCACAAUUCCAGUGCUUAUUGCAGCGGAGAGGAUACAGACAGUGACAUGUUCAUCGACUUUCCGGACCAACUCUCUCACCUGGAAGGCAUGCUUAGGCAACUGAGUAGUGAUCUACUGAAGGAGAAGAGAGACAAGGUGGCUCUGCUCGCAGAGGUGUUGAAGCUUCGCAUUUGCAACCAGCAUCUGAAAGACGAGUCCCAUUGUGCAAUUGCGCAAUUACACAAAAUCAGCAAAAUUUUAAACACAACACCUGGAGAUGUUGAGUAAUCUAGGCCUGGAAGAUUACAAAUCCAUAUAAGCAGUGUUUGGUGUAAUCCAAUUACAAAGUAAUUAGUUACUGUAAUCGAAUUACUUUUUAAAGUAAAAAAAAAAAUCUUGUAAUAAUUGUAGUUACUGACUUAAUUUAAGUUCAUUAUAGGGUUAUUCUAAUAUAUUAUGUAUGUAGAAUGCAUGAAUUAUGCCCUGCAAUGUGUGAAAUUGACAUGAAUGUAACAAUGAACAAGAAAUACAUAAAUUUUUUUGCUGGAAGUGUUUUAAAAAUAACUGAAAAGUAAAGUAAUUAGUAACAUGAUUACUUUUCAGUAAAGUAAUUAAUAACCCGAUUACCAUUUUAAAUAAAUAAUUAGUCAUUUGUAGUGGAUUACUAUUUUUUAACUAACUUACCCAAGACAGCAUAUACACAAAUGUAUGUAAUGAAUUGAUGUGAUGUCACAGAAAAUCCAAACAAAUUGAACUUUUAUUCAAAGUUAAACAAAAGCACAGCAAACCAGAACAAGGUUCUUAAGGCACUUCUAAGGCUUCUUAUUGAAUAACAACAUUUAGACUGUAAAAAAGGCUAUAAAACAUUUAAAUAUGAAACAUUAUAAUAAAUAUAUAAAUAUAGAUACUUAACGAUUCCCAUGUAUUAUAAAUAAGUAAUAAAGUUGACAAUGUAC